CGCCAUUCUCAGAUUUCGCCUGCACUUUCAAGCUCGGACUCAAAAAAAAAUCACCCAUUUCUCUCUCUCUUCAAUCUUCGUCAAUUUGAGUAAUGGGGGAUUCAAAGCCGAAAUCUGGAGGAGUCUGGCCCACCGUCAAGCCCUUCGUCAAUGGCGGACUCUCGGGAAUGCUCGCUACCUGCGUCAUCCAACCCAUCGACAUGAUCAAGGUGAGGAUCCAGUUAGGUCAGGGAUCGGCAGCUCAGGUCACCAAGAACAUGCUCGCGCAGGAGGGAUUUGGAUCCUUUUACAAGGGUCUUUCUGCUGGUUUAUUAAGACAAGCUACAUACACAACAGCACGUCUUGGAUCAUUUAGAGUACUGACGAACAAAGCAGUCGAGGCUAAUGAUGGGAAGCCCCUACCUCUCCUUCAGAAAGCUGCUAUUGGUUUGACGGCUGGAGCAAUUGGAGCAUCUGUUGGUAGUCCAGCUGAUUUAUCUCUCAUCCGAAUGCAGGCUGAUGCAACACUUCCCCUAGCACAGAGACGGAAUUACAAAAAUGCAUUUCAUGCUCUUUAUCGAAUUUCUGCUGAUGAAGGGGUUUUGGCUCUCUGGAAAGGUGCAGGGCCUACUGUAGUGAGGGCAAUGGCCUUAAAUAUGGGCAUGCUUGCCUCAUACGAUCAAAGUGUUGAGCUUUUCAGGGAUCAACUUGGUUUUGGAGAAAUCAGUACUGUUGUUGGGGCUAGUGCUGUUUCAGGAUUCUUCGCAUCUGCUUGUAGUUUGCCCUUUGACUAUGUCAAAACUCAAAUCCAGAAGAUGCAACCAGAUGCAAACGGGAAAUAUCCAUACACUGGUUCUUUGGACUGUGCUUUGAAGACCUUAAAGAGUGGAGGACCUUUUAAAUUUUACACAGGGUUUCCUGUCUACUGUGUGAGGAUUGCUCCCCAUGUCAUGAUGACGUGGAUAUUCUUGAAUCAAAUCCAGAAGCUUGAGAAGUCUAUAGGCUUGUAGUUUGUGACCUACUAAGCAUAUCAUCAUUUUAGUUGAGUAUAAACUGUUUCAUAAUAAGAUCCCGGCUUUGUUAAAGUGUCGUCGUUGAGGCUUAUUUGUUAUCUUGAAGGCCAACUGACCCAUAUCAUUUAAGGGACUCGGUAGUUUGCAGUUGAGCAAGCUGCAACAACCUUUUUUGUUAUUGUUGUUGUUGUUGUAUUCCAUUAAACUUACAGAAUUUUUUUUUUUGGGGGGUAGAUACCUCAGGCAGUUGAAAUGUAGAACAUGGUGUCAUGACCCCCCAAACAUAUAUUUACUCUAUCAGAGAGUUUAAACGUUUUGCGUCCUUCUGUUA